CAAGCCGUCAUAUAGAUACCCCUCCCUGUCUUAUCUUACGAAGUACCUAUGAAGCUGAGAGAAUCUCUCUGCCUCGCCUUGAGCUACGGCUCGGCGGUCGUCCGGGCCUGUGCUGGCCACGGUGAUCAAGUUAGGGAAUGGAGUCAAGAAGAGCUCGAUGAGCUGGAGAUGAAAUGGGGCGCCGAGUGGGGAUUUUCAGGAAUCAAUGUCUUCGCUCACCUCGAGUAUCAUAAAUGCCUGACAAAUCCAACCGAACUCUUUGAUAUCGCCAUCAUCGGAGCCCCUUUCGAUACGGCUGUUAGUUACCGACCUGGUGCUCGCUUCGGCCCUCGGGCCAUCCGCGCGGCUUCAGCCCGGCAAACUUCCUUCCGGGGCUUUAACCCACGGGCAGGGAUUAACCCGUAUAAAAGCUGGGCGCGGAUCAUAGACUGCGGCGAUAUCCCGGCAACGCCGAUGGACAAUGCGGUAGCGGUUAAACAGAUGACGGCGGCAUUCAGCGAGCUCGGAGCCCGCGCCGCCGUAUCAUCACACCUAGCACCACGACCACGUCUCAUGACGCUCGGCGGCGACCACAGCCUCUCACUGCCGGCACUGCGCGCACUUCACGCAGUCCACGGCCCGAUUCGCGUACUGCACUUCGAUGCCCACCUCGAUACCUGGCACCCGGCCAAGUACCCUAGCUACUGGGCAUCGGAACAGUCGCGCUUCACGCACGGCUCCAUGUUCUGGCUGGCAGGUGACGAGGGCCUCAUCUCGAACGUGACUAGCGCGCCCAGUGUACACGCAGGGCUUCGCACACGGCUCUCCGGCACUGGGGAUUGGGAUGAUGAUGAUAAACAAAACUGGGUGCGAAUUAGCGCGGACGAUGUCGAUGAAAUUGGCACGAAGGGCAUUGUGGAUAAUAUCAUGGAGACUUUAGGGACGGAGGAUCCGGUGUAUUUAUCCAUAGACAUCGAUGUAUUGGAUCCGGCGUUUGCGCCCGGGACCGGAACCCCGGAGCCGGGUGGAUGGACGACUCGGGAGCUGAUUCGGAUCUUGAGAGGUAUUGAAAAACUCAACUUGGUGGGUGCAGAUGUGGUAGAGGUAGCGCCAGCUUACCAAGGGGCGGGUGAAGAGACAGCACUUGCGGCGGCGCAGGUUGUGUUCGAGGUUCUCAGCAGCAUGGUUAAGAAGGGAUUGGAAGGUAUGGGGAAGACAGGGGCUGAAGAAGUUACGGUUGAUGAUGGGAAAGAUGAGUUGUAGGUAGGUGUGUGUGUGUGUGUGUGUGUGUGUAUGCGUGCGUAAGAGCAAGAAGGAAAGGGGGGGAGAGAUCUAUGUUGAGAUUGGAAUUACCGUCAUAUUUGGUGUUCAAUGUUGAUGACUCCCAAGUCCCGGAUGAACCCGAUAUCGCAAGUCAGUUUCGGGUUACUCACCUAUGUAACACGAACGCUCAAAUUAAAUCCCUUGAAACCGUAGUGCUUCAAAUUACACACGGCCUUCCGGUGCUUAUCUCGUACUUCGUAUAUGAGUCAAACAUGGAAUGUAUAAAUUCCGGGUAAA